CCAGCUCUAAUGAAUUACAUUUUGUUUUAAACAAUUGAAAAUACACGUAAAAACACUGCAACAACAUUGCGGCAUUUGAAAAAUAAUAUUCACUUGGCCCUCCUCGUGCGCCGCGAUGUGUUAGCCGCAAAAACGGAGACCGUUUACGCGUUUUGGAGCCCGUUUGGGGAAUUGCCUGCGCUGCGCGACCCAAAACAAGAAAAAUUCGCACGCCGUCGCAACGAAUUCGCAAUGCGCUGCAGCUGAAAAUCAAGAGGUACAACACAGUUUCCCCACCCCGGUGACGAGUAAAUGACUCUGCAGUUGCAUUAAUUAACAAAAAAUAGCUUCGAUCAAAAGCCACAAACAACUGGUCAUGGAGCAGAGGCAUAAAAACAUUGAAGUCAGGACGUUCGGCAGUGCGAAAGACCGCGUGCUUUUGGCGUAGCGUCCGAUAGGCUGUGCUAUCGGCUGCCCUGUUAUCGCGUUAUCGCGCAAGGACCACGAGAGCGGCGAAAAACCUUCCUUCCUUUUUUUUGCCUUUUCCGAGUGGGUUGGUUUGUGUGGGUGGUGUGUGAAAAAAGUGCGUGCGGUCUUGUUUAUGGGCGAAAAAGAGCAGCGGCUUUGCGGCCGGAGUUAGCAAGUCCUGUGCACAGGAUCCUUCCCAGCGAGACUAGGUCGCCCAUUCCCUCCCUCCUACUACCGAAACAACCCCCCCGCCCCCCGCAAUUCCAGCUGUCGGUUUUUCCCUUUGACAUUCCGCAUUUGUGCCGAAGGAUUGCGCCUGGACGACGAAGACCCAUGAGUUAGCCGAACGAGAUGGCCAACAACAAUCAUCCGCAUGCCGGGCAUCUCAGUCAGGCGGCUCAGAACGCCUCCUGGAAUCCCCUGCAAAUUCCAUCGUACAUCCCCCGGCAGCCGCAGUUGGCUCACAUGUCCAACGAGCGGCCCGGAAUGGUGCGAUCCCCGCUGGCCUGGCACGUUUCCGGAUCCGUUUCCGCCCAGCCACCGCCGCCACCCGAUGCCAUUUACAAUUUCAUGUCGGCCAAUCACAAAAACCUGGACCACCACCAUCAGAUGAAUCCAUUGCUGGCACCGCCCUACUCAGGAACUCUGCCAUUCAACUCCAUGGACCUGUCCUUGCAGUCCGCCCGCAGUGCGGCCCAGCCGCUGGCCAAGCAGCCGGCGAGCCAGCAGCCACAGCAGUCGCAACAGCAGCAAUCCCUCAUGCAUGCGCCCAACUAUCCUUCAAUUCAAAAUCUCACGACCAAUGCCACGCCCACCAGCGCACAGCUGCAACAGCAGCAGCAACAGGAACAUCUGGCCGCCAUGGCAGCUGCCCAUGUUAGUUUACUGCAGUCCAGCCGCCAGAAUCAGGGAAACCUGAGCAACGGCGGCGACUGCGAGUCCCUGCUGCCGCCACCGCCGCCUACAAAUGCCUCUGGGAACAGCAAUCACGCGGGGAGCAACACCAGCAGCAGCAAUAGUGGGAGCAACAAUCACAUAACCAGCCCGCACUACAUGCAAACUCGCGAUGAGAACUUUAAGCUGGCGCAAUUGAAGCGCAGCUUUGACCACGAACUGCUCUCGGGGAAGAAUCAGCAGAAGGACAAGGACUUUGGCUACCCGUCGGCGGGAUCAGCAAGCAAACUGCCCACGCACAACGUGCAGCAGCAGCAUGGCAACAAGAAACGUAAGAAGUCUUCACCUCUGCGGAACUACCACCAACAGCAGCAGCAGCAGCCGCCUUACAACUUAACGCCCAAAUACAAUGGACCACAGACGCCGCCAACGCCUCAAUCUCCGCUGGCGGCGCCUCCUCAUCAGAUGCAAUCACCCACCAUGGACUACAAUCAGCUGCAUCUCCACCAUCAGCUAAAUAGCUCUAGUGGAGGCAGCUACCAGCAGCACAUGCAGCAGGAUCAAACGCAAUCACAAGCGCACUUGCACUACCACAAUCAGCAUGCGGCCAGCCAAACAGCUCCGCCGCCCCUUCUUCCGCCCCACUUGACCAGCGGUCAGUUUCAUGGACAAGCACAGGAUGCAGCAGCCCAACAGCAGGCGUCGUCCUCCUCGAGUCAACAUCAGACGCACCAUUCCCGCAACCCGCAAUUGACGAAUCUCGAUCUGGGGGUCAAGCACAAACCCGAGACGGAGGAGCAGCCCCUUAUAACCGAUCUGUCCUACCGGAAUUCGGAGGCAGACAAACCCGCAGAUGCCCCAGAGUCCCCCUACCUGACCACCUCCAACGAGGAGUCGCUGGAGUCGAACAGCAACAGCAGCAAUAGUCGAAAGCGACGCAAACGAAAGGCCAGUAUGGUGAUGAGAGUGACUCCGAAUGAAAAUGCACCAGAGGGAGGAGCGAGCAAGCCGCAGCAGCAACAAGCACAACAUAAUAACAGCUGCAGUCCCAAAAGGUCGCCCAAGAAUGGAGGCGGUGACUUUCAGCCCUUCAGUUUGCAAGGCCAGACUGAAAAGACGACGCCGCAGGAAAACGGUCGCGCAGGAUCACCGGCUCCGGCGGAAAACAGUAGCAACAGCAAUAGUUCGACGCUGUAUCAGGACAACGAGAACCCCAAGACCAAGAAGCAGCGGCAGGCCCUGCUGCAGCGGAACCUCACCGAGCAGCACCGCAUGCAGCAGGAGGAUGAGCCGCCCAAGAAGCAUACGCCGCCCACAAUGCCGCCGCCUAGUCCGCAGAGCAACAGCAGUAGCAGUAGCUCGAGCAGCUCCAGCGCCAACACGCACAGCAGCCACAGCAGCAGUCAUGCGGCGAAUGAUAAUCGGAGAAAUCAAAAGCCUGAGAUCAACAACAAGGCCACCACGGAUACGCCUGCCUCACCGGCGCUCGUGGAGCAGGGCGACAUCGACGCCAAGCCGGCUGUGAGUGUGCACGAGUGCGACGAGGAGGAGGAACCAGCGAAGGAAUCACCUGCGCAGCCUGUUGCUCCCCCUCCAGUGGUCGAAUCCCCCAAGAAAUCCUCACCGGCUGCCAAUUCUGACCCAUGUCCAUUUGGUGAAGUGGAGGAUAAGCUGGAGGAAAUGUUUGCCGGCAUCGAGGAGGAGACGGAAAGGAUAUGCAGCCCCGAAAAGCCAGCUGACGGAACGGGAGAGUUGGUGGCACACGAUUUGACCGCCCAGCUGGCUCUGGAUAGCGCCAAGACGGACGAGGCGCCAGCGGACAAGGUUGAGACCUCAGUGCUCGAAGUCCUGGCAGCACCGCCCGAAAUUCGACCUGUUGCGACUAAGGCGGCUAUGAAGUCAACGCUACCCAGCCCCGUUCACAGUCCCAUCCCGCAAGCUCGAUCUACGUCGACACCUUUGGCCGCCGGUGAUGACAGUAAACCGAAUACCCCGGUUCCGCCUAAAACCAUGCCAGCUAGGAGACCGCCACCGCGUAGGCUUUCCAUGGGCAUGGAUGCCUCACUGCUGCGUUUCAUGAUCGACGACCCGCCAGCCAAGAAGCCAGGUCGCAAGAAGAAGGUCGCGCCAGAGCCGGAACUUGAAGAUGAUGAUAAGCCCAGCACUUCGGCGGCAGCGGCUGCUGCUUUGGCUGCUCGGCAAUUAAGCGAAGCAGCUGCCGCUCCCAAGGGAAAAGCAGCCGGAGCGAAGAAGAAGAAUGCCGUGGCCAAGGGCAAAAAAGGUCAUGCGGCGGGAAAGGCAAAUGCGAAGAAUGCCAAGCAGAAUGGGAAGAAGCCGGGCCGAAAGCCCGCCUUCACCACCGAUGAGGAUAGCACUCCGGCGCCCACAAAUGGCGGAGGAGGAGGAGCCGUGCCCGAGCUGAGGUUCAAAUCUCCCUUCAUUCUCAUCAAACCGGACGGAUGCGUGAGCAUCAAGAACACCCACAGUGCCGAGGAUGUGAACGAGAAGCAGACGAAGGCCAAGAAGGCGCCGCACGAGCGAAAAAACCUGAGAGGAAUGCACAGCUCCACGCUGAGCAACCGCUACGAUGCGGAUACCACCGACUCCACCUGGAUAUGUGUGUUCUGCAAGCGUGGUCCUCAUAAACUAGGCCUGGGUGAUCUGUUCGGUCCGUAUUUGGUGACCAGCGACUGCGACGAAUAUCGUGCGGCUGUGCAGGCACCCGGAGCGCAGGACAUCGAUGGACUGUUUGUCAAUAAGCGGAGGCGAGAGGAUAUGGUAAAGCUGCAGGAGCGAAACUUGCCCGUUGUGCCCGCCACACUGGCCCACAUUAUGCAGGCGCCCAAGAUAAGCAUGCACAAACGCAAGCGCAAGCAGACGCACGACAGUUCGAUAUCCUACAGCGACGACCCAAAUGAAUCGCGCUCACAGUGCUCCUCUGUGGACCCGCUGGAUUGCAGUCACGAAACCAAGUUCGUGGAGACCUUCCGCGGCAUGGGCAAGACAUCGGAGCACGGCUUUGAGGUUUGGCUGCACGAGGACUGCGCCGUCUGGAGCAACGACAUCCAACUGAUUGGGGCCCACAUCAACGGACUGGAUGCGGCGGUGUGGGAUAGUACGAGGUACGUCUGCGUGCUCUGCCAGCAGACGGGGGCCAGUAUAUGUUGCUUCCAGCGAUGUUGCAAGGCGGCCGCCCAUGUGCCGUGCGCGCGAUCUGCGAAGUGGAACCUGAGCGAGCAGGAUCGCAAGGUAUACUGCCAGCUGCAUGGCGGUGAGCCGGAUGUUGAGGAACCCAUGAAAUCAGAGCCGCUAGCGCCUGUGGAGGUGCCAGUUGCGCCGGCUCCCGCACCCGCUCCGCCACCUCCGUUUAACAUUCAUUCGCUUCCCUGAGUACGCGUGCGCGUCCAGAAAUGCCGCCUGGUCGCCAAGCGUUGAGCGUUAAAGGCACGAUCCCCAGACUCCCGACUCCGAAUCCAAACACCCAACCGAAUCCGCAGAACGCUGCACAUUUUACUUAAGCUUUGUACAUAAGUUUCCGACUGCCGUCGUCGCCGCCAGGAGGGCAUUUCGUAAUUUUGUAUAAAUCCGCUGUACAUUUUAAGGCUUGACGCACCGCACAGACGAUAUCAGAGCGUUUGCCACGUUAUAGUUAGUUAGUUUGCCUGAUGCAUCCUUAGUUGUUUAUGUUUAAGUCAAUUCCUAAAUUAUUCUUUCGCAUAGUCCUGCACAUUUACAUUAGUACCUUUUAGUUCUAACUAAUUUUAAAGCCUCCAAAAUACCCCCAUGUCCAAUGCCCACCCAACUGCAUCACAUGCGCCAAUUGAUAAUUGAUAAUUCGGUUUAGUUGAAUUCAGUCUGUUUGUAUAAACGAAUACUCCAUGCCAUACCGAUAAUACCAACCGAGUAAUCAAGAUAACUGAAGUAGCUAUGGGGGAUUCCAAUUGAUAUAUUCGCGAUGUGAAGUUGCAGUAAAGUUAAGUAUAAAUAGAAAAUGUUUGACACCAAGUAAGCGAGAACAUUCGAAGCCCAAUUACAAAUGGAAUAUUGUAAAACAAUAUAAUAUGCGUAUAAUUAUUAGUAAUGUUAAUUUAAGCGAAAAGUUAAAGCCAGCAAAACGAAACCCUGUAUUGUAUUCGUAUUCAGUAAGGUCUGUACGUAUUGCUGAUAAUUUUAAAACUCUAAAACGUAUAAACAAUAAAAACUUAAUCUCACAAGCAAA